GGGCUGAGUAAAGAUGACUGUCUCUGGAGUGUCUGUGUUGGUAGCGGUGCAGAAGGUCUACUACCCCCUGCUCUGCUCUGUGGGAAUCCCAGCCAAUCUCUUCACGUUCUACAUGAUCUGCUUCCAUAAGUGUGGCAUGUCUGAGUCGGCCAUGGUGUACCUAAGUUGCUUGGCCAUCGUGGACACCUUCUACCUGGUCUGGGUCAUCCUUAUUGACCUUACUCUUACUUUCUGGGUGUUGCAACCCUUCUGGCACUCUCAUCCCUGGUGUGGUAUCUUGAGCUUUCUGCAGUAUGGCUCCCUUUACAGCUCGUCGUGGAUCGUGGUGGUGUUCACCAUUGAGCGCUUCCUUGUCCUCCGCAGCACUCGUGCUAAACAACACUUCUCCAAAGCUGGCCUCACCAAGCUGAUGUGCGUGGGCAUUGUGCUGGCAUCCCAUCUUGUCUCUGUACCUAUGGCAUGGAUAAAUUUUGUGUCCACAGUAAACUUUACAACAAAUGGAAUGAACGUGUCAUUACCCAGAUGCCACUACCGGGAUGCCACCUAUAGCACUGUUAUUGUGUGGAUAACUACUUUUCUGUCUGGGGGUGUGCCCAUUGUGCUGGUCAUUAUUUUCAACUACCUGAUUGGGUAUCACCUGUCACGAGCAAGUAACCUCUUCACCAAAGAAGAGCGGCGGGUGAUGCAGGGCCGGAGCCGGGGUGUUCUCCGAAGGACCCUUCUGCUGCUCUGCACGGUUUCUGUGGCCUUUGUGGUACUCAGCCUGCCUCGCUUUGUCACAUACUGCAUCCUCAGAACUAAGUACAAUGAAGAGGACUUUAACCGCAACAACUACAGCAUCCCCAUCAACGUGGCCGGGGACGUGGCCAACAUGCUCCAGAAUUUGAACUCCACCACCAACUUUCUGCUGUACUGCAUGGUGAGCCGGAGAUUUCGCAGGGAGAUGGUGAGUGCACUAACGUGCUCAUCCAAGGCUCGACAGCACGUGUCCGUGCGGACCUACAGCACCAUGAAAGUGUUCUCCGUGGCAGAGCGCAGAGCGCCUCCUAGUGGCAGUCAUGUCACUGUCGCAUUAACUAAUAUAAAACUCACGGACUGAUCUCAACUACAUUUAACCGAAGUAAAUGCUGUAAAAAGCUGUAAUAGCACAUUUGCAUCAUAUUAUUGUGCGAAAUUAAGGGGACAUAUUAUGUAAAGUGUACUUAAAUAAGCUUUUUACCUAUAUCUUAAUGGUGUUUCCUCAUCAUUAACUAGUGAGACCUGUAUUAUGAUGUAUUCAUACAUGUUUGAGUAAUCCUGUGUUGUCCUAUAUUCAAAGCUUGAGUGCUCAAGCAUUUCCUCUUCACACCUACCUACUCUUUUGUACUUACUUGCUUAUCAAAAACCUCC